UACCGAACAGGCCUCUGGGAAAGGGUCUUCAGCAGGCACUCUGCGCUGGUGCCCAGCAGUCCCGCCUCUUCCCUGCCGCCUUCCGGGGUCUGUGCGGAAGCACAGCCUGCGCACCUGAGUGAGAGCCCGAGCCCCCGCGGUCAGCGCUGACAACAAGCCUACUUGUCGGUAUGGACGUGCCAUUUUAAGAAGCGAGAGGACUUUCCUGGGGGCGGAAUGAUAUACCCCAGGGCAAGAGCUGGCCGCGGAGAGCGGUAGGAUGCAAAUGCAGAUGUUACCCCCUAUCUCUGCUUCCUGAGAACCCGCCCCAAACCGAAGUUGCAACCUUUGCAGCACAUAGAAGAGUAGCCUGUCCCCAAAUUCCCGGAGACGUGAUUGUAAAGUGAAGGGGGACAGGACCUCACCAUUUGCUAGACCUUCACAGUUUUUUACCUUCGUGCAGGAGCAGCAGAAAAUGAACAAAGCUCAGGGAUCAGUGUCAUUCGAAGACGUGGCUGUGGAGCUCACCAGGGCUGAGUGGCAGUGCCUGGGUCUUGGGCAGAGGACCCUGUACAGAGAGGUGAUGCUGGAGAACUACAGCCACCUCGUCUCCAUGGGGUAUUGCAUUACCAAACCCCCAGUGAUCUUAAAGUUGGAGCAAGGUGAAGAGCCCUGGUCCUUAGAGGAAGAAUUCCUAAGCCAGACGUACCCAGGAUAUUACAAAGUUGAUGUCCACAUUGAGGAGAACCAGGAAAAACAAAAGAAACCUCUUUGGCGAACUGGUUCAAGGGAGAAAUGCUUUGAUCUUAAUGAUUGUGGGAGAUCCUGUGACAAAGCCACUAUUGAGGAAUACGAUGAAGUUCAGAUGACUGUGACACACUAUGAAUGUAAUGAAAGUGGAAAUAAUUUCAACAGGAAUUUAUUCCUCAUUCAACCUCAGAGAACUGUUACAAGACAUGGUGCUUUUGAAAGCAGUAAAUGUGAAGAAAACUUGACCCAAAGCUCAGCCCAUCUGGUACAUCAGAAGACACAAACUGGAGAUAAGGUCUGUGUUUUUAAUGGAUGUACAAGUGCCUCCUACCAGGACUUAGACCUUACAAUACAUCAGAGAACUCAGACAGAAGAGAAAUUCUACCAAUGUGGUAAACAUGGGGAAUCCUUGCAUCAAAACUCACUUUUCAGUGUACAUCAGGAAAAUGACAUAGGAGAGAAGGCAUUUGAAAGUAAUGAAUGCAGGAAGUUCUUUUACCAGAAAGCACACCUCAUUCAGCAACAGAGGACCCACUCAGAGGAGAAGACUUGUGAAUAUGAGGAGUGUGGGAAAUUCUUCUGUUCAAAUUCACACACUAGUCAUUAUCCUGGAACUCAUAUGGGGGCCUGUCUCUAUGAAUAUAAUGAAUGUGAGAAAACUUCCUGUCAGAUGUCAAACCUCAGUGAACAUCUGACAGUUCACACAAAAGAGAAACCUUAUAACAAUGAAUGUGGGGAAUGUUACAAGAAGUGUGCCCGCUUAGUACAUCAGAGAACUCACACAGAGGUUGAACUCUAUCAAAGUAAUGAAUAUGGGAAAUCAUUCUCCAGGAUGGCACAGCUCAAAGAACAUCAGAGAAUUCACACAGAGGAGAAACCAAAUGGAUGUAUUGAAUGUGGGAAAACUUUCUCUAUGACAUCACAUCUCAGAGCACAUAAGAGAAUCCACACAGGCAAAAAGCCCCAUGAAUGUAUUGCAUGUGGGAAAACUUUCUCUAACAAGACACACCUCAGUGCACAUCAGAGAAUUCAUACAGGGGAGAAACCCUAUGAAUGUAAUGCAUGUGGGAAAACUUUUCCCCAGAGGACAUACCUCGGUACUCAUCAGAGAAUUCACACAGGUGAGAAACUGUAUGAAUGUAGUGAAUGUGGAAAAACUUUCACUUAUAAUUCAGCCCUCCGAGUACAUCAAAGAAUGCACACUGGGGAGAAGCCAUAUGAAUGUAAUGCAUGUGGGAAAACUUUCUUCAAGACAUCACAUCUCAGUGCACAUCAGAGAAUUCACACAGGGGAGAAACCCUAUGAAUGCAAUGCAUGUGGGAAAAGUUUCACUCAUAAUUCAGCCCUCCAAGUACAUCAAAGAAUUCACACUGGGGAGAAGCCAUAUGAAUGUAAUGCAUGUGGGAAAACUUUCUCCAAGACAUCACACCUCAGUGCACAUCAGAGAAUUCACACAGGGGAGAAACCCUAUGAAUGCAAUGCAUGUGGGAAAACUUUUUCCAGGAAGAUACACCUCAGUGCACAUCAGAGAAUUCACACAGGGGAGAAACCCUAUGAAUGUAAUGCAUGUGGGAAAACUUUUUCCAGGAAGAUACACCUCAGUGCACAUCAGAGAAUUCACACAGGGGAGAAACCCUAUGAAUGUAAUGCAUGUGGGAAAACUUUUUCCCGUAAGACAAACCUCAGGACCCAUCGGAGAAUUCACACAGGUGAGAAACCAUAUGAAUGUAAUGAAUGUGGGAAGUUUUUUGCCCGUAGUUCUGGUCUGAGGGCACAUCAGAGAAUUCACACAGGGGAGAAACCCUAUGAGUGUAAUGAAUGUGGGACAGCUUUUGCCCACAGUUCAACUCUCAGUGAGCACCAGAGAAUUCACACAGGGGAGAAACCACAUGAAUGUAAUGAAUGUGGGAAAACUUUCGCUCAUAAGGCAGGUCUUCGAGCACAUUAUAACAGAAGGCACACCACAGAGAAAAACCUUCCAUGUAAUAAAUUUGGGCAGUUCUGAAGAAAAUGGCUAUUAAAACACACAGUGGAGAAGGUCAUGCCACACAGACUGCAAAUUGUUUCCUUUAACUAUUUCCUCUUCUAAUAGGCACAAGCAUGUCUAAAUUUCCCAAUCUGCCUUUCAUCUAGGUGGGGCUGGUUAUGGAUUAUUAUGCUAUUACAUAUCAGCUAAGUUUAGCCUUUAAAAAAUGGCAUUCUUCCUGUUCUAUGUUAUUCAUACUGGAAUGGAGAAAUUUGCAAGGCAGACUUGUGUGGUGUAUAUUGAGUAUAGAGUACAAGGUAGUGAUGAAACAAUUUUCCACUAACAAAUCUUCCCCUGUUAGUUUUUUUAAAAAAACAGGAAUUACUUUUGUACUGUGUUGAGCUCUUAAAGAUUUGGUGUAUUCGUUAAAUGCAUAUAAUUUAGCCAACUCUGUUAGAAUGAAGUUAAACCUGUUAACCCUCGGUCGUUGGUGCCAAUUCCGAACCAACAGGAAUCCCUGAUUUGGGGUGCAGUGAAGGAAACUUGACUCAGUGCUAUAGCAUGGCUGUGAAAAUAGCACAGCUGAGGAAUAGCUCAGUUGUGAUGCAGUGCAGCUGUGAAAACAGCAGGGGCUAGGUCACCCUUGGGCCAGGACUCUCUUUGGCCAGGCAGCUCUGGUCUGCUCCAGCGAGGCAUCUCCCAUGUUUCAACUGUAGCUGGGGAAAAAUGGUCUCCAGUGGAAAGUUCGCUCCUCAAUCCAGAGGGAAGCUGGCUUCAAUGGACAGAAGUCCCUGCCCUGGUCCCUGAUUGGUCUGUCCUCAUGCACAUGAGGCAUCCAAAUCCUCACAGUUUGGUCCAAAGGCACUGGUCCUGAUUGGUCAGAAUAGAGCUGCUCUGAUUGAAUGGAGAAAGCCUCAAUCCAAUUGGUAGAAAUAGGAUUCCAGGAAACCCUUAGAAGGGCUGGCUCAGCCAUGGCAGUUUAGUGCUGAGCAGUUUGCAUGAAAGUCCCCUGUGCAGAAAUGGCUGCUGGCUCUGCUUUUUUUGUUUGUUUGUUUGAGCCAAGGUAGUCACCAGAAGCCCUUCUUAAUAUGUGUCUUUUUUUCCUUUGAGGGUUCACAAACUCUGUAAAUAAAAUAAAUGUCAGAAGAUCUAGCAUAAUUCAACCUGUCAUUGUAUAUUAUAGAACUCACAUGAGGAAGGCAACUUCUGUCAGUGAUCCUGAAUGAUCAGACAACCUCAUUAAAAAUGAGAGAAAUCUCAGGGAAAAGGCCUUUACUUCCAGGUGAACUUUAUUAAACAUCAAACAAUUAAGAUUAGACUAAAACCUUGUAUUUUGUUGUGACAUUUCUAACACAUUGAGUUUUCAACAGAUAAUUUUUUUCUAAGAAAAUGUGUCAGUUUCAGAAAUGAGUAAAAUCAUCACCUAGAACUGAUGUACUAAAACUUGCUUUAUUAUAUUAAGUUUUAUAGAAAAUAUUUGUGCACAAACUCACUGUGGACAUUUUAAAGAUGGAAGAAUAGCUUGAAUUCUGUGGACAACAGUAAUAAAUGUUUGUGACUGGUCUCUGAGUUAUGUGUACAUCUGUUAGUCUGUGUAACAAUAGAAGGCAGUAGCCAAACCUGGUCUGGACUGGUUAACUUUCCUGAGUGACAAACUAUGUGCUUCUUCUUUGGCUCCCCUCAGCUUGAUGCUGUUCGAUGAUGGCCUGCCUGGGACAUCUGACCAUUGGUCUGGCCCUGUUUUUUAGGACCAUAAGAUUUCUCAAGGAUUCUUUGCGUGUGUGGUGGAUGUUGAUUCUUACAUAGACUUUUGGCCUUCAUUUUAUGCCAUUUUAGUGGUUCAUUUUGCCCUGAGUAAUUAUUAAGCAAGUCUUAGCUCUCUUGUAUGCAUGUAGCCUGAGUAUCUGGUAUAGGAUCUUUUCCCAGUCCCAUGAUGCUUGCUUAUACUGCAGCAUUGCAAACUAGUUGAUUUCUGCCCUGCUUGGAUAGGAGGUUGUAGAAUUAGAAUGAAAUCAGGGCUACUUUCACGUCAGAAGCACUGCAUUAGUACUGAAAAGAACUCGCUUUUUUUGGGGGGGGCGGGGGGGACAAUAUAGUAUAGUCUUAGCUAAGAAAAUAUUUGUUCAAUCUGUCCUAAUUUCAGGCUACAUGGUUUGGUCAGCACAGAGAAGAAAGUAAAUGAAUUUCUCAGUUUUGAACCACUAAGAAUUUCUCUCAACACUGGGCAUGUUGCUUUCUGCAAGUAUGAUCUGGUAGAUUUUGUGGACAAAGUCAGUUGAUUCCCUGAGUAAAUUUUCUAUUCCCUAUCUUCUAUUAAUAUUACGUGAGGGAACACUAUGUGUUUUUGUUUGUUUGUUCUUUACCAUUAAUUGGAAAACAGGUAUUUCUUUGACUGGCUUAUCAUCGCUUUACUUGUUGGCAUCACUGCCAUAGAAAAAGGCCAGGAGAUGAAGCUGAUAGUACCACCCGAGCUAGCACACCAGAGAUUGGGUUAGCACUCCUGGUGGCAGCAGAGUUCCAGCAACUAAGAGAAUAUGUUUGGCCUUCCACAGUCUCUGCCACUUCAAUACAAUGUGAGUUUGUUGCACGGUCCAAAAGGGAAAUGAAUCAAAGGUAUCUCUACAUGCUUGAUUUUUCAGAAAACUAUUGAUUUCUAGAAAACUAAAGUACUUUAAAUUUUUAGAAAAUUAACUUCAUUCUGCAAUAGUUGUAAAUUUAAAAAAAGUUAAAAUAAUUCCUAUAUAUUCCUCACACAGUCUCUUUAUUAACAUCUUUUAUUACUUUAGUACAGGGGUUGCGCAACCCCUGGCACGCGUGCCAAACAUGGCAUGCCAGUAACUUUUGCUGGCACGCGAAACCCUCUCUUAUAAUCUUCCCUUUACAAUUUUUUUCUUAAUAUCGACUUUUUUAUU